AUCAUCCCACCGGAAAAAAAUAUGUUUCCUCCACCGUCUACUUUAUCAGCGUGGAGAAAAGACACGUAAAAGGAUCUACUACAGAGGACGUUACUUGUUUUGACCACUAAUUUAUGUUAUAAAGAAGAUAUAAUCUAGACAGUGCCCUGUUAGGAAAACUGCAAGGAUUGGGAAUUUCAAUUUCAGAGAGGUGUUGAACAUGGCGUCGUGGCGGCUGGUCUGUGUCCUGGCUGUAUGGACCUCUGUGUUGGGUCUGGCCCAGUGUUGUCCAGAUACCUGUAGCUGUCUGGAUAAAUACGCCCACCAUUUCGCUGACUGUGCCUACAAAGACCUGCUGUUAGUUCCCGUAGGCCUCCCCUUCAACGUUACCACCCUCUCUCUCUCCGCCAACAAGAUCAAACUCCUGAAGGCCAAGAGCUUUAUUAACGUCACCCAGGUGACCUCCCUAUGGCUGGCCCACAAUGAGAUCGUGACCAUAGAGAGGGACACCUUGGCACUGCUGAUCCAGCUGAGAAACCUGGAUGUCAGCUACAAUAAGAUCAUCAGCUUCCCCUGGGAAGACCUGGCCAACCUCACCUCCCUUCAGCUGCUCAAGAUGAACAACAACGAGAUGAUCAACCUCCCUAAAUAUUCCUUCUCGACUCUCAAAGACCUGAGGUCCCUGAGGAUCAACAACAACAGGUUCACUACCAUUGUCCAGGGGACCUUCAGCUCUCUGAGCUCCAUGUCUCACCUUCAGAUCUACAACAACCCCUUCACCUGCUCCUGCAGUCUGGAGUGGCUGAGAGACUGGAUCACGGAGUCUAAGAUCUCUGUCCCGGAGCAGGACUCUAUCGUCUGCGAGGCCCCAGAGCAUCUGCAAGGGGCCCUGGUGACCAAAAUGCCCAAGCUGGACUGCAAGGCCCCGUCAGUGUCCAUCACCUACCAGCCAAACCUGGAUAACAAUGAACUAUACGAGGGCUUUAUGGUGAUUCUCAACUGUGAGACCAAGGGCAACCCCAAACCAGAGGUCAGCUGGGAGGUGGUGAAUGCAGGGAACCAGAAGUUCACAUUCAGUUUGCCCUCUGUGGUCAGCAUGAAUAGUGACUCGCCCAUCAAUGAUAAAAGCACCAACGGCCGGUUCUUGGUCUUCCAAAACGGCACUAUGAUCAUCCCCCGUAUGAGCAAGAAGGAGGAUGGGAACUACAGCUGCUCAGCUGUCAACGACCUCGGUAAAGCAGACAGCACAGUGAAGGUAGUGGUGACAGGCACCAAGAAACAAGCCAUUAACUCCUUGCUGGACACCACAGCAGAUAAGAUCCUCCGUCCGUCUGGUGGAAACAAGCCGGGGCCUAAGAUGACCAACAACAUCAUCAACUGGCCCAAGUCCGACUCUGAAAAGACCAAGAUCGUUCCAACUGGGUCGUCUGUUAAACACGCUGAUGGCUCAGUGCAGGCUGGCGAGGGCUCAGAGGAGCUUCCGUUUACCAGGAAGUGUGGCAUCAGCGAUGGCACUCAGUACAUCUCCAAUCACGCAUUCAACCUCAGUCUGGACCAGCUGAAGCAAUAUACAUUUGAUUUAGGUGUCAUCGCGUUGGAGGUAUCCGAGACGGAGGCCAAAGUGCAGCUCAACCCUCUCCAGCUCCCCAACAGUAAGAACAACCUUCACCUCAGCCACAAUGAGAACCUAGAGACCGUCGACAAAGAGCCUUUCAGCCUCUAUCAAGGCUCAACCAAAACCCCUCUGGACAUGCUCUAUCUGUGUUUCAACACUGGUAACGGACACUCUGUAGUGCAGUGGUCCCGGAUAGAGGAAGGGAUCAACACCUAUAAGUUUCAGGGCCUACAGCCAGGCACUAACUACACCCUGUGUCUGACCUAUGGAGGGCAGGACUGUCAGGUCCUGGUUGUCUUCACAACCAGGAAGAAGAUUCCUUCUCUGUUGAUCAUAGUGAUGGUUAGUACCUUCCUGUUGGUGCUGGCUACAGUCCCUCUGCUGGGAGCAACAUGCUGUCAUCUCUUAAACAAGUACCAGGGAAAGACUUACAAACUGAUCAUGAAGGCAGCGCAGAAAAACCCAGAUCAAAUGGACAAACAUAUGGUCGGAGGUGAUUUUGACCCCCAGGUGUCGUUUGUAGAGUCAGAGAAGAAUUCUAACCCAAGUGAGAUAGGAGGAGAGGGGGAGGACGGACAGGAUGGGGAGGAGGUGGAGGGGAGUUUGGUUAUCGAGUCUAUCCCGGGUUCUACACUAAAAUUUGAGGUGGGUUCGGAGUACAGCGAUAGAUUACCAUUGGGCACCGAGGCGGUGAAUAUCUCUGAGGAUGGAAACGGUAACUACAAAGCGAUGAGUCGCUGAGCAGUCCCGUGUGACGCUAUCAGAGGAGAGAGAGAUUGUAAAAUACUUUCAACUACAUUUUAAAGCAGGUAGCUCACAGAUCAUUAUUUUACGUAGAAAUGAUAGCCCUGAUGAAGGUGGAUAGUUAAUUUUACCUCAGAAAGUAAGUGGUAACCCGUUAUACCCCAAAGAAGAGACUUGUCCCAAAGCCACUAAUGUGCUGAGGGUCAUUGUCCUUUUGGAAGGUGAACCUUCACCCCACUCUGAGGUCCUGAGCACUCUGGAGCCUCAGUUUUUCAUCAGGACUUCUCUUUACUUUGCUCUGUUCAUCUUUCCUUCGAUCCUGACUAGUCUCCCAGUCCCUGUCGCUGAAAACAAUCCCCACAGAUGCUGCCACCACCAUGCUUCAUUGUAGGUAUGGUGCCAGGUUUCCUCCGGACGGAACAUUGUCAUUCUGGCUAAAGAGUUAAAUCUGGGUUUCAUCAGACCAGAGUAUCUUGUUUCUGAUGGUCUGACCAUUCUUUAGGUGCCUUUUGACAAACUGGAUGGUUCUCCCAUCUCCACAGA